GCUACGCGACUAUUAAAAUGAGCGCCUUCGGCAAACAGUUACAGGGAACGCUCAUCGAGGUCGAUCUCGACAUCCCUCCCAGAUAUGACGCGAUAUCACAUGUCUGGGGCAGCUCCACGCUCGACCUGGCUUCGCACAGCUCGCAAAUUCCUGUUCCCCGAAACUCGUGUGGAAUGACGUAUCGACGUUGUUUGUAUCGAUCAGUCGCCGAUACCGGAACGAAGCUAACAAGUCGGCAUCAUGCACGAGAUAUAUUCGCGAGCGAGAAACGCUUUGAUUUGGCUUGGUGAGGGCACGGAAUACAGCGAUCGGGUAAUCAGUCUCCUCGAAUACCUUGCCUUGCGGCCAAUGCUACCCAAGACCAUGGGACAAGAGAUAUCCGACCUGCAACUCGGACGUGGAGCAGGCACAGGCUUCCUUGUCAAGGACAAAGACGCCCUCAUAAAGGCCUUCGAUGAUCUUCUCGGCCGCGCUUGGUUCUGGCGAACAUGGACAACCCAAGAGGUUGCGCUCGCACCCAAUGCCAAAGUUCUGUAUGGUCAAAAUCAACCUCGUGGGCAUGAUGGGACUGGCAAUGCCUUUCUGGGAACAAGUCAUGAGUGCAGCGCCCGUAUGCUCGCUCCCAAGCACUCCAUGUCGAUAAUGCGAGCUCACUGGUCGGCUUCCCGAGACAUCAAGAUUUCAAGGGAGAGAGGACCAUCGUAAAAAAGACCGUCUAACGGCGCAAUCCAACAUUGGAAAGUCUUCUCGAAGAGAGCAAUGCAAUGAAGGCCACCGCUUUGCGGGACAAGGUGUUUGCGCU